AUUCAGUUCAUAAAUUAGCAUUUAGCAUCUCUUCUAGUAUUUCCAGACGCUUCUCCUUCUUCCUCCAAACAGUCCGCCAUGGCAGAAAAUCAAAAACCAAAUGCUCCUCAGACCACGCCCACUUCUUCUUCUUCAUCUUCCAAAUUAACUUCAGAAAUCAGGAACGGCAACCACGCCGGCGCCGGCUUCCCGGUGCAAGAAAAGAUCCACUUCCCAAAUCCGCCCGACCCCACGAACCCGGAUCCGGCUACACUCAGGGAUCAAUGGAGAUAUGCCAUUAGGCAGUAUAGUCGAUGGUACUCUCACGCAUGGGGCACCGCGAUUCUUGCUGGGCUUUCAUUUUUCGCCCUUGGUUGGAUCAUCAAGGGCUCCAAUCCUCUUCCCUCUUUCAAGUCGGAUUCAUCUCCGUCUGACGAUGAUGCGAAGCGACGAGGUUCUUGAUUUAUGAAUGAGGCCAAGUUUGUAGAAUCCCAGUCCACUAGAGCAGGCAGGUAAGGAGACUCGUCCACUGUUCCAACAACUGAACUAUCGACAGUCAAGAGAUGAUGAUCUGUACAGUGCCCCAAUAAUAUUACAUCAGAGUGUGUUCUUAGGUUUUGAAAUUAUAAUGGAAAGGCUGUUUCUUUGCAACUUUGUGUCUUGUAAAUGAAUUCUUGAUCAAAGUAAGUUUUCAUUGAAGACAUCCCCUCUUGCAGUUGAAGAAGACCUUUGGUCUAUAAAAUUUGAUCAAUGUUGAGAUUGGGAUCUUUUCACCUUUACUCAACCAUAUUGUAAUCUUCUGGUGAUAAUAGACAUAAUUUUCAUUU